AUGUUUUCCCGCCGGAUUUCUGCGUUGCUGCUGGCCCCUAAACUUUCACUCAUCACACGGGAAUUAACAAAAGAAGCGCAACAGUCAGAACUGCAAGAGGCGGUGCGGCGCCACAACACCGCAGUGGCAGAAAAUAAUAAUAAUAAUAAUAAUAAUAAUAAUAAUAAUAAUAAUAAUAAUAAUAAUAAUAAUAAUAAUACUAAACAAGGUAAUAGUAGUCAUCAUCCUAUACACACAACUACUUAUGAUGAUACCGCCGCUGUAUACUAUCCAGCCUUUCACUUAAUUACAUUACCACCCAGUAGUGGUGUUCAUCGUAGUGAAAUACGUCAAUCACUGGCAACCAACAUAACGAAGGAAUUUCAUCAUUCUGUAAUAGAACCAUGGAAAACAGCUGCUGAACGACAAGCAAUCAUAGUAGGUUGUCGAAGUCUUUCCUAUUUACAAAGACAAUUAGAAAUGGAUUCUACAUAUAGUUUACUCAUUAUAGAUCAUACCCUCUCAGCUUUAUUAGAUGCUGCCAUGAAAUUAGUUCCUUUAUAUGGUUCACGUAUUCACUUUAUUCGCAGUGAUGUGUUCUUUCUAUUACAGAAACUCGUACCUCCAAUGAUAGCAGAUAUCUGUAUUGCUCCUAUGCCUGUUCCUUUCUGGUCUGAAAGUGGAAGUUACAGACGUCUCGUUACUCGUGAUUUUCUCUGUGUUAUUCAUCAACUUUUAAAAGUACGUGCAGAUCCAUCGGAUGCUCGUGGGUUUGUUACCUUUACAGAUGUUAUUCCACUUGCAGAGUUUAUGAUGGAACAAUUGGAGGAAAGUAAAUUAAUUGUUCCUUGGACACGAAAAAACCCGGCGGAGACAUAUGGACGAUGGCUGCCAUUGCAAACACCUCCACAUCGUGAAUUUGCACAACAGCGACUGGGAGAGACAGUGGCUUUUGCGGCUUCAAAGAAUGGACCAACCUCUGCACAGGCCGUUCUUCAUAUUGAUUCACUAGACUAUAAACGACGCUAUUACCGUGGACUUUCUCCACCUACAGAGUGA